AGUGCGUUCUCCAGGAAAUGCAGUAGUAUUUGCUAACCAGGCGAAAUAUAACGCCUUCAUUUUACUACGGGCCAAGGAGUGUUCUCAUAACUUUUUUUCCACUUAGGCCUUUUAGCAAGUGUUUCGGGAAUGGACUGGAUGGAACAUUGUGACUUGAAUCCAAGCAUUACAUUUACAAAUCCUGAGUACUUUGAAUAGAUUAUUAGCUAGCAACUGAUGGAUAUACCAUACCGUUUUUCCUAACGUUAUUGUUUUACGGCAUUACUUCAUGUAAUCAACGCCGAAUCAGAAUGGACAUCAGGGACGUCAGAAAAUGGUGCGACACAUGUGUGCAGACUGUUUUUCCGUGUCUAAAAACUUCUGCAUCCGUCGACGAGAGAGUCAAUGAUAAGAAGCCAGACAUAGUCAUUAUAAAUCCUCAUGUGGGGGAGACACCGUCACGGCCACUACCGCCAGUGCCCGCGAAGAACCCGCUAUACAUCUACAUCGCCUUGUACGACUACACUGCUCGGACUGAGAAUGAUUUGAGUUUUAGGGCCGGGGACAAGCUCGAAGCUCUGGAUAAAAGUGCCGGAGAAUGGUGGUUAGCCAAAGCACUCACUGGAAUCUCUGCAAACGAACAGGGAUACAUUCCGGCGAAUUAUGUGGCACCCGUGGAGAGUUUGGACGCCGAGCCAUGGUAUUUUCCAGACACAAAGAGGGCGGAUGCCGAGAAGAUGCUGAUUUCUGAAGGAAACAAGCACGGAGCAUUUCUCAUCAGGCAGUGUGAAAGCCAGAGAGGAGAGCUAUCUCUCUCUGUAUUGGACAACGGAGUAGUUAAACAUUACAAAUUGCGGAAACUUGAGCCAGGAGGUUAUUUUGUGUCCCGAACAAGAAGUUUUGAGACUCUAAAGGAACUUGUAGAGCACUAUUCGAAAACCGAAGAUGGUCUAUGUGUGCGUCUUCGUGAACCAUGUAAGAAGCUGGAAGCGCCCCAGACCCACGGCCUGUCCUACAAUACGGUGGACCAGUGGGAGAUCGACCGCAACUCCAUCAGGCUGCUCAGGAAGCUGGGUGCAGGGCAGUUCGGGGAGGUCCACGAGGGACUGUGGAACGGCACCACCGCCGUGGCAGUGAAGACUCUGAAACCCGGUACUAUGGACCCUCUGGACUUCCUCCGGGAGGCUCAGAUCAUGAAGACACUACGGCACCCGAAACUGAUCCAGCUGUACGCCGUGUGCACUUUGCAGGAGCCUAUCUACAUCAUCACCGAGCUCAUGAGAAACGGAAGCCUGCUGGAGUACCUCCAGAAAGACAAGGGAGCCAAGCUGCGUGUCCCAGAACUGUUAGAAUUAGCUGCCCAAGUGGCUGCUGGGAUGGCAUACCUCGAGCUGCAGAACUACAUCCACAGAGACCUGGCGGCCAGGAACGUGCUGGUUGGGGACAACAACACCUGCAAGGUGGCGGACUUCGGGCUGGCCAGAGUGUUCAAGAUGGAGGAUGAGGAAGUGUACUACGUCAAAGAAGGGACCAAGUUCCCGGUGAAGUGGACGGCACCCGAGGCCAUCCACGGCAACAAGUUCAGCAUCAAGUCCGACGUGUGGUCGUUCGGGAUCCUCCUGUACGAGAUCAUGACCUACGGACAGAUGCCAUAUCCAACCAUGACCAACUACCAGGUGGUGCAGAAGCUGUCCACCGGAUACCGGAUGCCCUGUCCUGCUAACUGUCGCGGCGUGAUGAGCGAUAUCAUGAACGAUUGCUGGAAGGAGAAUGAAUAUGAGAGGCCAACAUUUGAGACACUGCAGUGGAGGCUUGAGGACUUCUUUGACACGGAGGUGACUAAUUAUGACAACGGCCGCUAAGUGCAGGUACAUUCUACAUGCAUCCGAUCAAAUAACAGAACCAGAAAUGUUUUAAAACUGGUACUUGAAGAUGCAUGUAUAUUUGACUAAUUAACUAUUGAACUGAAACAUCAAAGGACAAGAAUUCCUCCUAUUUUCCAGAAGUGUUUUCUAAAUGGCUCUAGUGGAAUUGUGCAAUGAAGAAACCACCAAAGGCAACAAAAUGGCUGCCAUUCCAGUUAUUCUGCUCUGUGGUGUGGAAUGGAAAGGAACAAUAAAUAGACUGCAGUAGGGUGUGAUCUGUUCCAGGAACAGAGCGGUGCCUCGCCCUCAUCGCAGCUAAACGCAUGUUUGCAUGAGCUGCUUACUGUGAUUAUGUUGUUAAUGUGAAGAUUGCCAUUGCUAUAGCAGUUUCUUCAAUACUGUAAUGUCUGCACCGAGUCUAGUAUCAGUAGGCCUUCAGGUAACAUGGACUUGUGUAAGAAUGGCAGUGUUGCGGUCAACAUGUUUGCAGUUUUUUCUGUUGGCAUUCACACUCUCUUACAGUAAACUAAGGGCGUAGUUUGUGCUCAGUGUCAAGUAGUUGAUUUGAGUCAUCCCCGUUCUGCAUAAAAAGUGCAUUACAUUUUCCUGUUUCAUAUCCUGGAACCUUUUGAGAUUCUCAUCUAACUGGUUUAAGUCUCCACUAAAGACAUACACAAUAAAUUUCCUUAGUUAAAAAUAUUUUUGCCUUGCAGCAAGAUUAUCCAGAAUAGGUUUUUAUUAAGUUCAAAAUGAGCAUGUGCAUGUACACACUUGCAAAGAGGCUUGGUAGAAUAACCAGACAGACUGUAGCACACCAAAAUUAACUUCAUAAUAUAUCCACCAUGCUUUUUCCUCCCCAAAUCAUAGAUGAUAACAUUCCUGAAUAUGUUGCUGGACUGAAAUAUAUUUGAAAAAUGGAUUUAGGUGUGUUCAACUAAAUUAUAGAAUAAACUUUAUUUGGAUACUGUAAAGUAUUUUAUCCCUAUAUAUUGAACAAUACUACAAGUUUAGUAGAAUUUGUUGGUAGCCUAUUUAAAAUAUGAGCUAAAAAUGUACAUAUUUUUAUAAAAGAUAUGAAUAGUUAACUAUGUAUAAAUUUACUGUAACAUAACAAAAUACAUGACUCACAGCAAGGAGGUCCUGGGUUCGAAUCCCGGUCGGCUUGGGCCUCUCUGUGUGGAGUUUGCAUGUUCUCCCCGUGUUUACGUGGGUUUCCUCCGGGUACUCCGGUUUCCUCCCACAGUCCAAAGACAUGCAGGAUAGGCUGAUUAGAGAGUCUAAAUUGCCCGUAGUUAUGAGUGUGUGAGUGAAUGGUGUGUGUGCCCUGCGAUGGACUGGCGACCUGUACAGGGUGUAUUCCUGCCUUUCACCCAAUGUAUGUUGGGAUAGGCUCCAGCCCCCCUGCGACCCCGUUCAGCUUGCAUUGUGUAAAAGCUAAAGAUUUCAGUGUUGGCUACUUGUGUCAGUGCUGUAAGAAUGAUUCCUGUGUUAGAAUAUAUUUUUUUGUAUUAAGAGAAUAUCUGCAGUGGUUGCUAAUUCACUUUUAAUUAAAGAUUGUAACAUUUGUA